AUGGAUAAAGCACAAAAAGCCGUCGAUUCUGUAGUCGACGGCGUCAAGAAAGUCGCCAUUGGCGAAAAGAAGCAGAAACCCAAGAAGGAAAAAGGAGGGGAUGGUGGGGCAGAUGCUGGACCUUUGGAGAUGAAGCCACAACCGCAAUUCCUCGCAGACCGAUUGGAAUUGUUCAACAAGCUAAAGGCGAAAUAUGAUGCGGAGAUUGCGGCGAAACCGAGAGAGUCGAUUCAAAUUACGCUGGGGGAUGGGAGUGUCAAGGUUGGGACGUCGUGGGAAACUACACCGGCGGAUAUUGCAAAGGGGAUUUCGAAUAGUUUGUUCAAGCGAAGUGUGGUUGCGCAGUUGAAUGGCGAUUCAGCGCAAUUGUGGGAUCUGGAACGCCCGCUUGAAGCGAGUUGUAAGCUUGAGUUGCUUACGUUUGAUGAUCCUGAGGGGAAGAAGGUGUUUUGGCAUUCGAGUGCUCAUAUUUUGGGAGAGGCUUCGGAGAGGAGAUUUGGGUGUAGUUUGUGUAUUGGUCCACCUAUCUCGGAUGGAUUCUACUACGAGAUGGGCUUGCCAAACGGAGGUGCUGUUGCUCAGUCGGAUUGGAAGCCAUUGGAGACUUUGGUGAGUCAGAUUGUUAAGGAGAAGCAACCUUUCGAACGACUUGUUCUUUCCAAGGAGGACCUUUUGGAGAUGUUCAGUUACAACAAGUAUAAGCAACAUAUCAUCAAGGACAAGAUCAAGGAUGGAGAAUUCACGACUGUAUACCGGAAUGGACCUCUGAUCGAUUUAUGUCGAGGUCCUCAUGUGCCAAAUACUGGUCGUAUCGAGACAUUUGCUAUCAUGAAGAACUCUGCUUCUUAUUUUCUUGGUAAUAAGGACAAUGAUUCCCUGCAGCGCAUUUAUGGUGUCUCGUUUCCGGAUAAGAAGCAGAUGGCUGAGCACAAGAAGUUCUUGGAAGAGGCUGCGAAGCGAGAUCAUCGCAAGAUUGGUCGAGAUCAAGAAUUGUUCUUCUUCCACGAUCUCUCACCUGGUUCGGCCAUGUGGCUUCCUCACGGAACUCGUAUCUACAACACACUUCAAACAUUCCUUCGAGAGGAGUACUGGAAGCGAGGUUACAAUGAGGUUAUUUCCCCAAAUAUGUACAAUUCAGAAUUGUGGAAGACAUCUGGUCAUUGGGAUCAUUACAAAGAUGAUAUGUUCACAUUUGGUGUUGAGAAGGACACAUUUGCGCUCAAGCCAAUGAACUGUCCUGGUCAUUGUCUCAUGUUUGAUCACCGCGAGCGGAGUCACAGAGAAUUGCCAUGGAGGGUUGCCGAUUUUGGUGUUCUUCAUCGAAAUGAAGCUUCUGGUGCUUUGUCAGGUUUGACAAGAGUGCGUCGAUUCCAGCAGGAUGAUGCCCAUAUUUUCUGCAGAGAAGAUCAGAUCAAGGAUGAGAUUACAGAGCUUUUCGACUUCCUCAACACUGUCUACGGUCUGUUUGGAUUUACCUUCAAGAUGAAGCUCUCCACAAGACCAGAAAAGUUUUUGGGAAAGAUUGAGACUUGGAAUAUGGCUGAAGACAAACUUCGAGCAGCCUUGGAUGAGUAUUGUGCUAAAGGUGGUGCGCCUUGGGAACUGAAUGAGGGUGAUGGAGCUUUCUAUGGUCCAAAGAUUGAUAUUACCAUUUCUGAUUGUCUGAGAAGAGAUUGGCAGUGUGCCACCAUCCAGCUUGAUUUUCAACUUCCUCAGAACUUUGGGUUGGAGUACAUGACGUCCGAAAUGGUAGUCAAACCAAAAGAGGAUGCCGAUGCUGCUGCGGCAAAAGCCAAGGCAGAGGAAGCUGAAAAGGAAAAGGCUAAGAAGGCGGCUACAUCGGAAGUGCCAGGCGCAAAGAAAGAGCGCGUAUACAAACCACUUACUCCAGGAUGUGCUCGCCCUGUUAUGAUUCACCGAGCUAUUGCUGGUAGUAUCGAACGUUUCACAGCCAUUCUUUGUGAACACUUUGGUGGAAAGUGGCCCUUCUGGUUGAGUCCACGCCAAAUUUUGAUUGUCCCGGUUGGUGUCGGCUUUUAUGAGUAUGCGCAAGAGGUGCAGACCAUCUUCAAGAAGCAGAAUAUGUUUGUGGAUAUCGACCUCAGCGGCAAUACUCUGCAGAAGAAGAUUCGUACAGGACAAUUGUCUCAAUAUAACUUUAUUUUCGUGGUUGGUGAUGCAGAGAUGAAGGGGAGAGAAGUCAACGUCCGAAAUCGGGAUGAUACCUCAAGUCAAGAUAGAGGAAAGCCUGUGGCGUUGCAAGAGGCUAUUGAGAAGCUUGUUGCUCUCCGGGACGAGAGAAGAUCGGAUAACCCGUUCCCUGGUGAUGCGAAAGCCGAGGCGCCAAAAGCUUGA